AUGCCUCAGCUCAAUAGGUCCCCCAGCUCGCCGAGCCUGCGAGAUCCCCCCAAACAGGCCCUUGAGCUCUCUACUCGACCUUCAAUGCCCCGUCCGAAACCUCUCUACCAUGCAUCCGUCCGAAGACUCUCCUCCCGUCCCCGUCCUUCCGUCGCGUCAAUAGCAGACAUUUUUGUCGGCUCGUUGGUCCUUGCCGGUUUCUGUCAUGACCACUCUCCACGAGGCCGGGGUAUAUCUACUACGCCCUUGAGACCACCCGAGAAUCAUUUGCGAAGAUUCCGUGGCAAAAAUCUGGCUGACCGUGGGCAAAUGCCUGCUGGAAGGCGCGUGGAAUAUUCGCGAACGUCGGUGCAGGCAUCGCGACCUCGGUCAUGGCUCAGCACUGGCUUGGCGCAAAAGCCGAUAGAUGACGCCCAUGAGCAUAAUCGCGCGAACAUGCCCACGAGGACGAGGUUUGGAGAUUAUGAGGACAGUUCGUUGUCCGAUCUAGGGGAGGAUGCAUUGCAUCGACGUUUCGGAAAAGAAAAUCUCAUUUCCGACACCAUGGUAGAAUCGAACCAACCUACACAACUUGAAAGGGGAGAAACAAACGAUACGGAAAGUUUACGCAUCUCGCCGAAAGAAGAAAGAGCAAAUCAACCACCAGACGAAGAACCCGCGCUUUCACAUGACGAAAAGGACCACAUGGAGACAUCCCAGUUUUUCAAAAAGGCUCUGGGCAAGAAACACAAUUGGGAAGAGGCUGUAUACGUCGUGCUUCCUAAGCCGCAGGCGAAAAGAAAGGAGGUCAAUAAGCGUGACGGGAUUGAAAGUCGGUCGGUGGCACGUCUCGUGGAAGCGUUGAAGUUCGAGAAGGAGGCGCCGAUGCUAGAAUUGUUCAACUUAUAUAGGGAAAUACCUUCGCCGGGAGUGGCGAAACUUCCCAAACACUGGCGAGGACAUCUUUUGCGCCGAUUUUCAAAGCCCCCGAAUCGACGAUGGGGCGACGCCCGCCGAUAUCUGGCAUUGGUGGAUGACAUGAACAAGGCCGAUCUUCCCAUGUCACUUUCUUUAUGGUCUUCUGCGAUCUCUUUUGCUGCUCGAGGCAACGGCAGCGGUUUGGUGCUAAGACGAGAUCUGGUUCGAGCAAUUGGUCUUUGGCAGAAUAUGGAGCAUGUGGCCGGAGUUGAAGCGGACGGUGUGGUCUUCAGCAUAUUGAUCGAUUGUGCCAUCAAAUCCGGACAGUAUACCGUUGCCGCUGGCCUGGAGGCGCAAAUGAGAGAACGUGGCUUAGAAUUCGACCGUUAUGGGGCAGUCGCCAAGAUCUUCUCCUCUGGGCUCCAAAAGAACGUUGAGGGCAUUACUGCAACGUUCGAGCAGUUUGUCAGGUCCGGACACAUCGUCGAUACGGUCGCCUUGAAUUGUGUGUGUGUAUCUUACCUGCGAGCUGGUGAAGUGAAUACUGCAGAGCAAAUUUAUGCCCGCAUGCUCGAGGCACAACGAGCCGCAAAAGGCUCCAAGCCUUCGGCCCCCGACUCUAAUGCGCAAACAGAACCCGCUCUCUCGAGCCAGUUUUCUAUCUACCGAGGAAGCACGCGAAAGAUGGGUCGUCUCUUGAAGAAAUCGCACGCCCUUAAAAGCAAACUUCCAGCGUACCAUCGGGCUCUCCAGGACUCUGUGCCCAUGACACCGGAUACUCGAACCUUUUAUAUCUUCCUCCGGUAUUUCUCUCGCCAUUCUGGCCAACUCGAUAUGUUCAUGACCGUCCUCCGCGACAUGGAAAGUACUUAUACCGUCCCCCCUCGCCACCUCAUCUACAUGCUGCUCUUCGAAGGAUUUGGCAUUCACGGCAAAAAUAAGAGGUCCUGGUCCGCCGAACGACUUCGAUUGAUCUGGAGUGCAUACCUCCGGGCUCUGCGCGAUUCAAAAUCAAGACUCGACGAUCUUUACGAAGGCAACCAGUCCGCGGAUAUGGUCUGGGAAAAUCCGUUGGGUUCUAUGAUCGCUGAUCUUCAACCGAGCCUUCCGACUGAAGAUCCCAAUGGUCUCUACGUGCCCUUGCCGUUGUUCGGCACACAGAAAUAUCCUGGCUUAAUUCAGGGGGACGAUCCUGGUGGUUUCUUUGCCUCUGCGCAAUCGGACAAGGUAGAUUCUGCACCGGAUGCCGUGAAGCCAAAUAACCCCGACAAGCCAAUUAUGACCAAGGAAUCUCUUUCAAGCAACGAUGAAAAAGCCCCCGAGGGGCCUCAAGAGCCACACGACACUAAUGGAUUCUUCUCAUCUCUUUGGCCAGAUGACAUGGACCUUGCGCCGGGCCUUAUCCCCUCCAAACCAAAUGUGAUCAAUAAGUCUCCUUCAACAAAGAAUGAAGACUACGAUGAGAACAAGUACACCGAUGAGCUUGACGAGGCGAUCGCGGAAGGAGAUACCGAAUCAGCUUGGAUCGAUAGAGAUCGUGAUUACGGGGUCAUUCGCGAUCAUGGCGUAGGCUUUGAAAACGGAGUCUUCAUCGGACGCAGGAUGGUCAUUGCCAUUCUGCGGGCAUUUGGCACAACCUGUGGGCCCAGGGAGGUCUUGGAGGCUUGGCUUCAGCUUGAGAAGAUUUGGCGACCUCAUCAGCGCAUGGCCAAUGAUGUGUAUGCUGUCAAGGAGGAGCUCGAUAAACAAAUGGCGAAACACUCGCCUCAUGUAAAGUAG